GUCUCACGAUUCAUUCUGAGUUUGCCUUUCGGAUGAAGAUGUCGUCGCGUUGGAACAUCACUGGAACCGGGAUCCAGAUGCUGAUACUUGUUGUUGCACUAACCGCGGGGGCGAUAAGUGGCGCAAGUGCCUCCAGUAUUCCGGAAGAGGUGCCCCACAAUCCGCUAGAGUACGACUCGCUGCACGCCAAGCACUUCGAUGGGGGCGAGCACAAUGCACAGUUCGAUCAUGAGGCCUUUUUGGGUCCAGAUGAGUCCAAGAAGUUCGACAACCUGACGCCGGAAGAGAGCAGGCGGAGACUGGGUGUCAUUGUGGACCGGAUUGAUGAGAACAAGGACGGAUUCGUCACUUUGGCCGAGCUUAAGAAUUGGGUCGCCUACACGCAGAGGCGCUACAUCGAGGAGGAUGUGGAUCGCCUGUGGAAGCAGCACAAUCCCGAGAAAAAUAACUCCAUCAGCUGGGAUUCCUACAGGAACACAGUCUACGGGUUCAUGGAUGAAUUGAGCAGCCAAGAAAGGGAACAGGAGGAAAAUGGAGUCAGUUACAAGAGCCUGCUAAAGCGGGAUCGCAACCGCUGGGCGGUAGCCGACCAGGAUUUGGAUGAUAAUCUCACCCGGGAAGAGUUUACUGCCUUUUUGCAUCCCGAAGAUCACCCCAGAAUGAAGGAUGUGGUCCUGCGCGAAACCAUCUCCGACCUAGAUAAGGACAAUGAUGGCAAGAUAUCGGUGGACGAGUACAUUGGUGACAUGUACCGAUCGACCGACGAAGAUGACGAGGAACCUGAGUGGGUGGCCAACGAGAGGGAGGCGUUCUCAACCCAUCGCGACUUGGACAAAGAUGGCUAUUUGAACGAGGAGGAGGUGAAGCUGUGGAUAGCGCCCCACGACUGGGAUCAUUCGGAGAGCGAAGCCAAACACCUGCUGUUUGAGGCUGAUGCGGAUCACGAUGACAAGUUGACCAAAGAAGAAAUCCUUGACAAAUAUGACGUUUUCGUGGGCUCCCAAGCCACAGAUUUCGGUGAAGCUCUAGCACGGCACGAUGAGUUCUAAACAGUCUACCAAAUACCCAGCAUCCCUGAGAUUAAGAUUGAUCCUAUGAAUCUCCCAUUUCGCAUGCCAAAUAAUUUGUAAAACUCUACUAGAUCCUAAGACCAUUGAAAGUGCAUUGUAAACCAACUCGAAUGAAGGGCCCAUACAUAUAUUAUGGCACCACAACUAA